AUGGAAGAAGAGUGUGGUGCAUUUGCAGCAGACUGUGUUGUCCUUACAUGCUGCUGCCAAUGCCUUGUGUUACAAGUCACUUGCUUUGUCUUGUUCAAGGUUCCACGUAAACUUGGGCAGAAGAUUAAGAAGUUUGUGAAGAGAAGAUGUGGAAAAACCUUGAUACAAACAAGGGAGGAGGAUGUCGUGAAAGAGGAGCAUUGGUAUGGAAAUAGGAUUGUCUUUGAAGAAGGCUCAUCAAGAUCUAAUUGCAUUGAAGAAGAGAUUGAGAGAACGUUGCAAGAACUGUCGAUGAAGGAAGAGUUCAGUUUUGGAAGCUUCUGGCGCGAUGAAGAUUCUUCUGACAUUCUAGAUGUCGUCGUAUAGCGAAACAGCAGAAAUCAAUACAUAUUUUCUGUGCCUAUAGCAUUCAUGUUGUGUUCUUGAUCAAAAUAUCUUUCUUGAAAGACAAUAUGAAGCUAAGUAACUAGGACAAGGCUGUAAUAUUU